GGGAGAGCUGCAGUGGCUCCUGGGAGAGAAUUCAUUGCUCUCAGGGGAUCCAGUGGACCUGCACAUCAGGAACUCUCAUGGUUCAAACCAUCGGAACUGUACCAGCGUCCCUAAAACUGCUGUUUCAUAAAGGUGAAAAGCUACAUGCGUUACAUCCGUAACCUGACAGAAGAACGGGAACCCCUCACAACUGAGUGUGAAAAGGAAGAUGAACAGCUGAGGUUUGAGCUGAGGUGGUUGUAGCUGCCUCCCUUCCCUCUGGAACACGGUCCAGGCCGACGCAUUAACAGUUCUACAGGGAAGAGCUGGAGAGGGAACAAGCAUCACGUACAAGAGUUGAACAAGAUCUGGAUGAGGGCACACAGAGGUUGCUGAUGGCCCAGGAAGAGAUCCGGAGGUGGGCAGAUGAGGUGGAUGCACAAAGAAAGGAGCAGAACAAUAUCGAAUCUGUGUCGUGGUUGGCCCUGGAAGCACCUGAGAGCCAGGAAGAAGGGGUGAUCAAAUGGAGAGAGAGAGAGACAGGGCUGAGCUACAGAAGUCCAUGGACAAGGAAAUUCUUGCAUUGCGAGCACGGGUCCAAACGCUCGACUUGGAAAGGAAAGCAUUCCUCGAUCUAGUUGAACAGCUCAAAGAGGAGAUCUGUGAGUAUCAGAAGAGUGAGAAGCAAGGACUUCCAUUGCCUGCGCCAACCGAGAUGGAAGAAGUUGCAGCAUGCUUGCUGCAGUCACAGGGCACAAAGGAUGACGGAAGAGUCGAAGAAGACCAUGGUUCAGGCAAAGCUGGCUCAGAUCAAGAAGACAGAAAUCAGAGCAACGAAACACUUCAUAAAAGGUGCCGAGAGGUGAUUGAAAACAUCGAGGGCAGGAAUUCCCAGCUCCUUCACAAGCUGCAAAAACUGGAGCAGGAGCACGAGGAUUUGGUUGAGCGCAAUGAAGAGCUGGAAUCCAUUCUGGGAGAGAGACACAUCCAAACUAAGCAAGAGAAGGAACAGUUUGAGAGUGAGGUGGAGGGACUUCACUGGAAGAUCACUAGUUUAGAAACAGAGUUACUUGAAGUGCAGAAGAACAAAACUGAGAUGAGUGGGGAAGUGCAGGCAUCACCUGGAGCACAAGAGAUGCAAGAGAUGCUGGAAAGCUGUCAGGAAACAAUAGAAAAGUUGGGAAGUCAGCUGGGAGAGCGGAGAGAACGGAGAAAGCAACUUGUGUCUGAGCUCGAACUGUUACGAGAAGAUCUGAAGGUGGAGAAGGUGGUCUUGGGCAGCCAGGUCUCUGAACACCUACAAGAAAGAGAACAGAUUAACAAACUCGAGCAGAAACAUGAAGAUCUAUGUAUGGAUGAGAGGCUGUGUGAAGAACAGAUGGCUAAAGUAGUAUUUUUGGAACAACAGAUCGAAAACUUGAGGAAUGAACAAGAACUGCUCUGUUCUGAAUUACUAGCAAGCAACAAGAAGAGGGAGGAACUAGAAAAGCAGCUGAAAGAGAGCACUGAAGAAAAACGCUUGUUACUGGAAGAAAUCGCUCAGCUAAAACAAGAUAUCCUGCCUAGCCGGGAGCAGGGUGACACCACGCGUGAAGAAGCUUUAAGGAUGAAUCAAAGCAUGACCUGUAGAGAGAACAGGUUUCCUGUGUUGCAGAGCUCUGCAGGUGGUUUAGAUGGGAGUGUUAAACAGAGUCCGUCUGAUGAGAGGUUCCAGCAGCAGGAGGACAAAAUGCAGCUACUGCGGCAGGACCUGCGUUGCAUGCAGAACUUGUGCACCUCAGCCGAGAGGGAGCUGAGAUGCGAAAGGGAGAAGAAUGCUGACUUACAAAAGCAAAAUCUCUUGCUCCAACAGGAGUGCACCAAGGUCAAAGUUGAGCUGAAGCAAGUCCGGGCAAAACUCUCAGACACAACUGAAACAUGCUCUUCUCUCUCAGCGCAGUGGGAAAAAAGCCAGCAGAAGGUCAAAGAACUCGAACAAGAGCUCUUGAAGUGCUCACAGGCUGAUAAACUGCAGAGCAGUCUGCAAGAGAAACUUGCCCUGGAGAAAUCCAAAGUGUGUGAAACACAGAAAAAGAUUUCAAAACUCCAGCAAAAGCUGAAAGAUUCCCAACACCAACUCCUGCUGGCAGAGGCCCGUGUGUCAGACAAGAAACUCCUGGAGGAGGAAUUGAAGGAGGCCCGAGAAAAUGAAGCUCGCCUGCAGCAAGAACUUCACGAGGAGCAGCUGAAAAGGAAGCUCCUGGAGCAGCAGGUGGAGGAGCUGCAGCAGCAACUCCGGCAUUCGCGGGAGACAGAGGCAUCGCUGGCCAAGAUGCACGUGGAGCUGCAGGCCAAGACUCUGCACGUCCUGGAAGAUGAGAGGAAGACUGACUCAAGCGAGCACCUCCAAUGUCAGAAGGAGAACCAGAAGCUUUCAGAGCAACUCUCCCUGUUGAAGGAAGAAAAUAAAGCCCUUUAUGAGGAAGGAGUCCGUCUUCUGAACCAGAAGGAUCUGUACGUCAGGAAAUAUAACGAAAUGCAACUGCGCCACAAAGACAAAAUCCGCAGAGCCAAGGAGACCUUUAUCCAUGAGGUGAAACAGAGGGACAACAGAAUUAAACAGCUUGAAAAUGAGCUCAGUGUGUCAAACCUCCGAGUGGAAAAGGGGAAGGUGCUGAUUGCACAAAUGACUGCAGAGAACGAGAAAUUACUCCAGGAAAGAAGACGGCUCCUCCAGAAGAUAACGGACCAAGAGGACACCCCUUGGAGCAACCGGUCUAUGAUUGCCACCCUGCAGAGCAGAGGGAAGAUCCUGGAUGAGGAGAACAUGCGGCUGCACGAAAGCAAACUCCAGCUCGCUGGCCACGUGCCCACCUCGCAGCGCAUGCCCAGGAGCAUCCAUGCUCCCACCACGGAGGACUUGAAGAGCGUGAACUUCUCUGAACGCCAACUACAGAGUAAGGUGUUACCACCUCCCCGUGCCAGCUUCCCAUCCCGAGAGCCACCAGACCCUGUCAGCGCCCUGAAGGCCACGCAAGACACGAAGCCUGAGGGAGAAGCUGAAAGCCAGGACACUUCCUUUUGCUUACCCCCCUCUCAACCUCCUGAGAUCGGGUACUUAAAUGUAGCUUCGCCUGGAGACACCACAGCCUGCCAGCAGCAGGAGGAGAGUCAGAGCAUCAGCUCCGAGAACUUCUAAAUGGGGAAAAUUGCUUGGAAGUAUUAGCAGGACUGCAAGGUUUUGGACUUCUCUUGCCAUGGGAUGACGAAGAUGGCAGGGGGACAAUUGCCAAAUGGACUGAGCGGUUGAUUUUUGCCAUUUCAACUAAAUUAUUCAGGAGCUUUUCUUCAUCGUCCCCAACUGUAAAUGUGUGUGUGUGUCAUCCCAGAUCCACCCAGAGGCUGGAAGUUGUAGAUGAACUCUGUAAAGUGGAAGAGGAAUGGGGUGAAACGUAUCUUCUCCUGAACCCCGACUCCUUGUGCAGUCAAAGCCUACAAGCUUUGUAAAUAAACCUGGGAAAAGUUCCCUUCCACACUUUCUGAUCCCAAGCGCUCCCUGCCAUGUGCACACUUCUCUCUUUUCCCCUUGGUCUGUGCACGUGAAGGGAGGUGGAUGACGAGGGAAAUGGCAUAGGAGCGGGCGUGGAGAGGAAAGGUGGGAUCUGAACAUCCUGAGAAGGAAAGAGGGUGGAUCUUGGAUGCUUAUUAACAGGGAUGGAUGCUUGGGUGGAAGUAGAAGGAAUCGGAUCAUGCAGAACCGGGGUGUAGAGGGGAUCUGUGUAUGCACAGAGGGAAGCAGAAAGGAUCAGAGCGUGAGGUUAGGGAAGAAAAGGGGUCUGAACACACGUGAAUGGAAGAGGAUGGU